AUGUCAAUUGUUCUCAAUAAUCACAUUCGAAUACCAUUUAUUGGACUUGGCACUUAUGCUAUUCGAAAUGCUGAAGAAGUUGUUGAAAAGGCGAUGGAUGUGGGCUAUAGGAUGAUUGAUACGGCAGUUCUAUACGGAAACGAAAGAGAAUGUGGUCAGGGUAUCUUUAAGUGGCUUAAAAAAGACCCUGUUCAUAAUAAGCGAGAGGAUGUUUUUUAUGUUACCAAGCUAUGGAACGAUCAAAAUGGAUAUGAGAGUGCUAAAAGGGCCAUUAAGGAAUGUCUGAAUAAAGUGUCUGACUUGAAGUACAUCGACUUACUUCUUAUUCAUUCUCCCACUGAGGGUCGACAGAUGAGAUUGGAGACGUGGAAAGCCAUGCAAGAGGCUGUUGAAUCUGGAAUAGUUAAAUCCAUUGGAGUUUCAAACUAUGGAGAGAAGCAUAUUGAUGAGUUGUUGAACUGGGAAGGACUUAAAGUGAAGCCGGUUGUUAAUGAGAUUGAGGUUUCUCCCUGGUGCAUGAGACAGGCUCUUUGCGACUUUACUAAGUCUAGAGGACUACAGGUUAUUGCCUAUGCACCACUUUCUCAUGCUUACCGAGUCGACGAUCCUGAUGCCACUAUAGUGGCAAAAGCUCAUGGUGUCACUAAUGCCCAGGUUUUGAUUAGAUGGUCCAUCCAAAAGGGCUAUAUUCCCAUUCCAAAAACCAAGACAUUGAGCAGAUUGUCAUCGAAUCUUGAUGUUCAAUCCUUCACUUUGUCUGCAACAGAUAUGAAGCGAUUGGACCAUCCUUAUGUUCAUGAUCCAUCCGAUUGGGAUGUUGUUAACUGUCCAUAG